AAAAAAAAGUAAUAUUGUGAAAUAUUGUAAUUUUAAAUAACGGUUGUCUAUUUUAAAAUGUAAUAUAUUUGUGUGAUAGAAAAGCAGAAUAUUCAGCAUCAUAACUCCAGUCUUUAGGAUCACAUGAUCCUUCAGAAAUCAUUCAAUUCAUUUACAAUUAUUUUGAAUCAAAUAAAUGCAGCCUUUGUGGGUAUAAGAGAAUUUUAAAAAUCUUACUUAGUGUAUAUAUAUGGUUAAAUGGGGGAAGAUCAGAAUUUACUUUUAAAUUAAUAUUUUUAGAUAGAAGUUUAGCUAGCAUGUAGGCUUUAGGAUGAUAGAUGACAUUAGCUAGGGUGGUUGCUAUAGGAAAUAAAUAAAAACAUUUCCUAAAUUAGUUAUAGCAUAAUAUAUGUGUAUGCAUUUCAUUAUUAUGUAACAUAACACUGUUAUUUUCAGAAACGAUAAUGUAAUGUGAAUAAAUGUAUUUAUCUCCAUAAGUGUGAACCGCUCAGAACUGCUACAGGAUCCCACUGGCUCCAUUUUCCCCAAUGGAAUUUCGCGUUUCUGAUGCACUAGCACUACAGCACACAGCAACGGUUAAUCUCCGGAAUAAUUAUCUUCAUUUUCCCGUCUUAGUUUGAAUACAACGCUUCAUCCCGGGGAAACGAACGUCCUUUAAUUUAUUUCAUCUAUGAGGAGGCUGGUACUGGACAUUUGGCGUCGGCGACGUGUAGCGUCACGGGCGGUGUGUCAUUCCACACAGAUCGCAUGUUGAUCACGAAGCCGCUUGAUUCAGAGCUUCGCUUUCUGCGAGACGUGGCAAAUAUUAUAAUUUAAAGGUUUCCAGUCUUUUUUUCAAAGAAUGCAAAUGUAAUUAUUUGUGUCUGCUAUAACGGAUAGUGUUCUGGAAGCAGGAUGUCCUUCUACGCCGUCAUUAUACCGGUCCUCUAUAUUAUUUUCUCGGCUUGGCAGGUGACUGCAAAUGAGGACUGCUUGUGGUAUGUGGACAAAAAUGGCACUUGGCACAAUGGCUUUGACUGCCCACUCAUAACCUUCUGCUGUGGGAACUGUCACCGCCGUUACUGCUGCCUGGAUGGCUUCAAGAUGAUCACAGAGGCGGGACAGAAGCGCUGCAUGCUGUUCCAUCUCAGCCCUUCCACUAUAGCUGGCAUUGCUUCAUCGAUCCUGCUCUUUGUGGCUGCUAUAGCAACUAUGGUCUGUUGCUUCAUGUGUUCCUGUUGUUACCUUUACCAGCGCCGCCAGCAACGUGGCAGAACUCCUUAUGAAGCCCAGCACAUUCCAAUGGCCAGCUAUCCUGUUGAGCAUAUGUACGACGCUUAUGGUAAACCCAUUGGACAUCCUGAUUAUCCUGGAUUUCCAAUGGUACCACAGUAUCCAGGUGUUCCUCACCAAUAUCCCAUGAUGCACCAUGGCCCUUAUCCUCCUAAUCCUCCUGAUGCAGGAUACAGUCAAGCAGCUCCUCCACCAUACUCCCCUCCCCAAUACCCAGGGCACUGAAAGAGCUGGAGUCCCUCAGCGAGAAGAAGAUAACCCAUACAACGGGUGAUGAAGAGGGCCCAUGCUUGUUUGGAAUCCCUUGUAUGAGAAGCGGUUUUAAAAAAAUGAUUUAUGUUAUUUAUUUCUUGAUUAGUUUGUGGAGUGAAGCAUGAACUGACUUCGGAAUCGCCUCAUGCCGUCGGAGUGUUUUCUUGUUUGAUGUACAGCUUUCACGUUUCACUAAUCAACAAGACUCUUCCCACUUAAAUCCAGCAACUCGGUGAGCUAAAAGACUGCUUUAAAUUUGCCAUUAUAUUUUGUUCAAACUCUCUGAAAUGGACCGUGAAAUAUGACUGUCCUGCAGAAGAGACUGGCUGACAGUUCUGACUUAUCCGGGAUAUAAUUCUCUGUUCCGCCAAAUAAGAAGCAGCGUGUGACAUUUGCACUUUAUUCUGCAAUCGACAUGCUUAGCUGUCUCUCCCUGCUUGUUUGUUCAAAAUGGAUUUAUUUUACCGCUAAUCUGAGCAUGUCAUCAUGUGCAUCAACACCAAAUCAUGCUGUACGCUUUUCAUGUCUUGUAGACAGUUAACAUGCGGACAUGAGACAUAGAUGUCUUAUAGACAGUUAACAUAGAGUAUGUAAAUAAGAAAGAACUUACAUUAAGAAUUUCAUGUUUCAUACCGUCCUCACAACCGGCCAAAACUUCAUUCUGCACAUUUGUUGUUCGUCAACUGUUUGAGGUUGAGCUGUGAUGUUAACGGCUCUUAGAAUUGCAUGUCUUUUAUUGUAUCUUGCUUCCCGGGCCAGUUGUCAAAGAAAUCACAGCAAUGUUUGCAUUCAGUUAGUUUAUUUCAGUCUUGUUUCAAAAAGGUUUUUUGUAAAAGAUUUCACAUUCAUUUAUGUUGUUUUGUUACAUUCUCACAGUGAGGUACGUUGAAGUCCCUUCAAGGCAAAUGCCCACAUGCCGUUUUUUCCAGCCAUGUACAGCUCCUAUUUACUUGAAAAGGGAAAUACUGAAAUCUGUUUGACGAAAUUACUUUCAUUAAGUUCACGCCAAGAAGAAAUGAAUAAAUAAAUACAAAUUUUCACACCCUUUCCCAUUGGCUCUUUUAAAUGUAAAGGUGCUGUCAAAUUUACCGUUGUUCAGCAAAUUUGAAUGGGAAUCCAUACGAUUAUGAAUUUUCUCACAUUGUGCACUGACCAACAGUCUGCUUCAUACAUCGCUACAUUAUUAACAAUAUAACUUUUUGGGGUGUUUUUCCCCCAUAUAUAUUAGCACGAGUGGAUAUCUCUGCCUGAAUUGUUUUAAAAGUUCAUCACAAGUUAAACUUCUCACGGGUAGAUUAUAAUGUAAAUAAAAAGAAUUAGACAUCUCAUUAAUUGUCAGCUACAUUUGCGGUGCGAUUUGUUUUGACUUUAAAUGAUUUCUGCUACCUCCUCAUCUCACAUCUGUAAGAUAAGUUUUGAUGCUUAGUCCACUGUUUAAAUAAUGUGUUAGUUAUUUAAAAUAAUGUAUAUUUAACAGUGUUGUUUUUUGUUAUAUACAACAUAUGCUACUGUAUCUGUCACUCUGGAAUGUGAAGUACAAAUAAGAAAAGGAACUAUAAAAAGACAUUUUUACAACAUGUAACAUUAACCCAGGUAUUUUAAACCUGGGGGCGAGGCAAUUAAUAGGCUACAAGUGUUUAAACUUGCACUAAUCAUCCUAUAAGAGAGGUCUAAUUGAACAGACUGGAAAAGUAAUAUUGCAUAAUUCUCUUUUUACAAUAAAAACAGACUUGACUUUGCUGUCUCCA